GGAGGUGUUGUGACAUCAGGCCUUGCAAUCUAUGACACAAUGCAGUAUGUGCAGCCUCCUAUAGCCACAUGGUGUGUGGGUCAGGCCUGCUCCAUGGCAUCUCUCCUGCUAGCAGCUGGAAGUCCUGGCAUGAGACACUCUCUACCUCAUUCUCGAAUCAUGGUACAUCAGCCUCAUGGUGGUGCGCAGGGACAGGCAACAGACAUUCAAAUCCAGGCAGAAGAAAUUCUUCGACUGAAGGAAAGAUUAAAUAAUCUGUAUGUGAAGCAUACUGGCUUGCCUAUAGAAAAGAUUGCACCAAUGAUGGAGCGAGACAAGUUCAUGGGAGCAGAAGAGGCCAAGGAGAUGGGCUUAGUUGAUGAAGUUCUUACCAGUCCACCCAAAGUAGGAGACAAAGAUACUCAAACUUCUGUGUAAUUUUUUUCCUUUUCAAAAUGUCUUUAUGGUGGGACAAUAUCAGGUGUGAUUUUUGUCAUUGUUUUGUAUGCGUCUUUUCCCAAACAGACCAUAGAAUGGAAAAAAAAGGGUUUUUUUACAUAUUGCUGAAGUACAUUUAGUUGCUUAAAAAAUUUUUUAGUGCAGUGUUGCUAGACAAAAAAAGAGAUUUGGCAGAAGAAGUGCAUGUAGUGCCUCUUUGUUGUAAGUACUUUUUGUAUCAAUAAAGAUUUUGCAAAGUUG